AUGAGCUCCAUUCCACGACCUAACUCUGUGUCAUCGUUGCCCUCUACCAGCGGCACAACGACAGAAAAUGAUCGGAGGAGAAGAGACAAUCUGAACGAUAAAAUCCAGCAGCUGCUGGAUAAGAUACCCGAAGAUUAUUUCCAAGACUACUAUCGUCGCAAAGAUGUCAUAGAUAUGGAUGAUGCACAAAUGACCCCUGGGAGCAACGGUUUGGGCUCAGCGGGGUCGGUAAGUGCAAAAUUGAAAGGUACCGGAACUAAAGAUGGGAAACCUAACAAGGGCCAGAUCCUGACUCAAGCAGUCGAAUAUAUUACAAAACUGCAGGGUCAUGUUGAUGCCCGGAACAGGGAAGAAGUAGAGCUUAUUUUGCGUGUCAAAGAGCUGAGUAAGCAAAUGGAGGCACCCGUCAAUGACAUUAACCUAGAAAACACUAGUGCCGAGGUGGCUCUGGCCAAGAUUGGCGUUGGUCCUUUAGCCAGUGUAGCUGAUGAGUAUUUUGAAAAUGCAGAUCUAAGAAUUGGGUUCGAAGGGCCAAAUCUCGAUAAUGGCAGCUGA